AAUUUUGACUAUAAAUAAACCGACGUGGAUGCAAACGCUCAAUCAUUUGUGGUUUAAGAGCUCAAGGUGUCAGACAUAUCAUAAGGGAGAUGAAUCUAUUAAUUUUGGUCACCUGCCUGCUGGCUUUUGCAGCCGGAGAUGUUUCGCAUUUGCCGCUGGAACUCCUGGAGGAGCAUCAUGAGCAUGGCUAUGGCUAUGACUACCCCAAGCCGGAGAUACCAUUUGUGAUUACCACGACGACGGAGCCACCACCGCCACCACCACCGACUUAUCUGCCACCCAAACCAGUGCCCACUUACCUACCUCCUCCUCCGCCCACAACCACAACUACUACCACCACCACAACCACUCCUGCUCCUACUCCCGCUCCUACCUACCUGCCUCCCCCACCACCCUCUACCACUACCACGACCACCACUCCCGCUCCCACUCCUGCUCCCACCUACCUUCCUCCCCCACCACCACCACCGCGUACCACUACCACCACCACCACUACAACCACAACGACACCUGCACCCACACCGGUGCCCACGUACCUUCCACCCCCACCACCUCAACCGGAACCGGGUUACCACUACGAUGUGCCCGCCCAAAGGUUCACCUUCUGACCAAAAUCGCCAUCGAACUGAACAUGGAAGAUUUCCCCGGAUUAGUUUUGUUUUGAAUCGGUCCACUAGGCUUAGGUUUAUAUAAGGUUAAAGCCAUCUCAAUAAACGCUGUUUUGUUAACCCCA